CCCGCUCAGGGCAGAAGUUCCCCGCCCCAGCCGUAAGAAUUGGGGUUUGACGAGAGGCGAGCGAGGCUCCCGCCUGGGCUCCAAUUGUCCACGGCUCCUCCUCCUGUCGCGGCCGGCGGGAUUCCGGGGACUCAGAUGGACCACACAUCCCCGACCUACAUGCUUGCUAACUUAACCCACUUACAUUCUGAACAGCUUCUGCAGGGCUUGAAUCUUCUUCGUCAGCAUCACGAACUCUGUGACAUCAUUCUUCGAGUAGGUGAUGUUAAAAUCCAUGCUCACAAAGUGGUACUUGCCAGCAUCAGCCCGUAUUUCAAAGCUAUGUUCACUGGAAACCUUUCUGAGAAAGAGAACAGUGAGGUUGAGUUUCGGUGCAUUGAUGAAACCGCUCUCCAGGCCAUUGUGGAAUAUGCCUAUACAGGGACUGUUUUUAUUUCUCAGGACACAGUUGAAUCUCUCCUUCCAGCAGCAAACCUACUCCAGAUAAAACUUGUCCUGAAAGAAUGUUGUGCAUUUCUUGAAAGCCAACUUGAUCCUGGUAAUUGUAUUGGAAUUUCUCGUUUUGCAGAGACAUAUGGUUGUCAUGACCUUUCUCUGGCAGCCACUAAAUACAUAUGCCAGAAUUUUGAAGCUGUUUGCCAGACUGAAGAGUUUUUUGAGCUAACGCAUGCUGAUUUGGAUGAAAUUGUUUCCAAUGACUGUUUGAACGUAGCUACUGAAGAGACUGUUUUUUAUGCGCUCGAGUCUUGGAUCAAGUAUGAUGUACAAGAACGCCAGAAAUACUUAGCACAGCUACUUAACAGUGUGCGAUUACCGUUGCUGAGUGUUAAGUUUCUCACUAGACUGUAUGAAGCAAACCAUCUUAUUCGUGAUGAUCGCACUUGUAAACAUCUGUUGAAUGAAGCCCUAAAGUACCACUUUAUGCCUGAACAUAGACUCUCUCAUCAGACAGUCUUGAUGACACGACCUCGCUGUGCUCCCAAAGUACUUUGUGCAGUAGGAGGAAAAUCUGGACUGUUUGCCUGUUUGGAUAGUGUGGAGAUGUACUUUCCUCAGAAUGACUCUUGGAUUGGUUUGGCACCCCUAAACAUUCCUCGCUAUGAAUUUGGAAUAUGCGUUUUAGACCAAAAAGUGUAUGUUAUAGGUGGUAUUGAAACUAAUGUGCGUCCUGGCAUCACUAUCAGAAAACAUGAAAAUUCAGUAGAAUGCUGGAAUCCUGAUACCAAUACCUGGACUUCUCUGGAGAGGAUGAAUGAGAGCCGAAGUACCCUUGGAGUAGUAGUACUUGCGGGAGAACUCUAUGCUUUAGGUGGCUAUGAUGGACAGUCUUAUUUACAGUCUGUAGAGAAGUAUAUUCCCAAAGUGAGGAAGUGGCACCCUGUGGCACCGAUGACUACAACAAGGAGUUGUUUUGCCGCAGCUGUGUUGGAUGGAAUGAUUUAUGCCAUUGGUGGCUAUGGUCCUGCCCACAUGAACAGUGUGGAGCGUUAUGAUCCCAGUAAGGACUCCUGGGAGAUGGUUGCAUCUAUGGCAGAUAAAAGGAUUCACUUUGGUGUGGGUGUCAUGCUAGGCUUUAUUUUUGUAGUGGGUGGACAUAAUGGUGUCUCACAUUUGUCAAGCAUUGAAAGAUACGACCCUCAUCAAAAUCAGUGGACUGUGUGUAGACCAAUGAAAGAACCCAGGACAGGAGUCGGUGCUGCAGUGAUUGAUAAUUACCUUUAUGUGGUGGGUGGUCACUCAGGCUCUUCCUAUCUGAAUACUGUGCAGAAAUACGACCCUAUCUCAGAUACGUGGCUGGACUCAGCUGGCAUGAUAUACUGUCGCUGCAACUUCGGAUUGACUGCACUGUGACCCGUUUGGGCCGUGGAAGCUGUGGUGAUGGACCCUGUGCUGCAUGGAAGGAUGCCCAGUUUUCUGAAGCCCAAAAGCUGCAUUGCUUUCUUUUUAACUUGAAAUGGCAUGAAGACUCCAAGUUUUGUUGGGUACUUUGAACUAAAAGUAGUUUUGGUUGCUCUUGAUUACACAGUGAAUCAAUAAUCAAAAAAAAAAAAAAAAAGGAAAGAUCUUGCCCAUUGAAUCGUGCACUUUUUUUCCUAAUGCUGAGAUAGAGUAGUUUUAUGUUCCUCAGUGUACAUGUGGAGAAAAUCUUGCUGCUUUUUUUUUUUUUUUUUUUUUGAUUUUAGCUCUCUCCCUCCUCCUUGAUAUGCACUAGAAUUUACUGGGAUGAGAGACGCUUAGAUGCUGGAGUGUAUUGAAUGACUGAACAGAGUGCUGAUACUGUCUGUUGGACAUAAAUUCAUAUGCUUCACAUUUUCAACAAAUAAAGGGCUGCUUUUUUUCCGGUACUUUUAAGGGUUGUAAAUUACAUGCUAUGGUGAGUCACCCGGAUAUUUUUCCUGCUAAAUGGCUUUAGAGCUGGGGAUGUAAUAAGUUUGCAAGACAAAUGCUUUUACUAUCAUGAUAUUUGGGGGCCUAUUUUAAGAGGAAGUCACAUAUUUACUGUUUAUGCCUUUUUUAUAUGGGCAGGUUAAUGCGGGCUGAAUUUAAUCCCAUCUAUGGGGUGCUAUGCUAAGCAUGGAUAGAAAGAGUUAAGCAUAUCAGUUUCAGCUUUUUUUUGUUAAUUUAGUACAGCAGGCUUCCUAGUGUUGAUGUAAAUACUUGACAAAUGUUUAGUACCACCCUUAGUGCAUAUUAAUUUUUCGUAUAUCCUUAUAAUAAUUUUAAUUUUUUAAGACCUUUGCUUUUUCAAAGUGUUCAGAUAUAAAAAUGGUGCUAACUGUAGGAUCCAUAACAAGGCUAUAACAAUGUUCUUUGAGAUGUUCAGUAUGAGAUAUGCAUGACAUGUUUUGAUAGUAUUUUUCAUUUUUACUGGCUUGGUUCAUUUGUGCUUAUUAAAAAUGUUAGUGAUUAUACUAAUGUUAACAUCCAAAAAUCCUCUAAAUGGCCUGUGUUACGCUGUUCAUGGUUCCUGAGUAGUGAUUUAAAGAAAGAUACAUUUUUGAUCUUCUUUCUUCUUGUGCUAGAUAUUAUAUAUCCUU